AUGGUCAGGUCCUCAUCCUCUUCAUCGAAAAUCAACAAAGAACGUCCUACGGCUGUUGUGCGUGAUCAUGGCCUUUUAUAUCGGUCCAAAGCACGUGGACUGCUUGACACACACAACUUGCCAGCACUGCAGAAUUUGCUGAAACGCGACCCAUCGGCCUACACGGAAGAGUUCCUCGCACAAUGGAACCACUAUGAAAGUCUGCGUCGCAUAUUUGCGUCGGGAAUCGGGCAGCAUAUCGAAGGCAGUGGCUCAGAAGGCGCUAGUGUGCAGACAAUUCGCUUGAGCAAAGAUCAGCAAGACAAAUUCGAGCAACUACUGUCUUUUGUCGCACAGCUUGCACCAAGUUAUCCAGACGUGACAGCAGCGCUUCCGGAACACUUAAGUGAGCUACUGCUUGAACAUCAUGCAAGUCUCAGCCCGGACACGCGGAAGACCUGCUUCCGAGCGCUGACUCUGUUACGGAAUCGAAACGUUAUUACAAGCGAGGAUUUUCUCAAGACACUCAUUCCUCUUCUCAGCACGACGACUUCAUCAGAGAUGCGGUCGACGCUGUUGCAUACCAUUGUACAGGAUCUAAAGCAUGCGAACCAAAAGUCCAAGGACCCACGUCUCAACCGCAUGGUCCAGGGUCUUCUGUUUGGUAUGGUAGAGCGUGGCAUGAACCCCGAAGGAUCCAACGUUGUACUGCACCGCGCUGAUGCAGAACUCAAGGGCCGCACAGAAGCACUGUGGGCAGUCCGUGUGGCCUCGGAGAUGUGGCGUCGGCACAUUUGGACAGAUGCCAGAACGGUGGCACUGCUGGCUAUGGCUUGUACGCACCCUCAUCCCAAGGUACAAGCAUCUGCUGUGCGAUUCUUCUUGGGCGACCUGCAUGCGGCUGAGAAUGCUGGGUAUGACUCUGACGAGGAGCAGGAGAGCAGCGGCGCGGACGUCGGGAGGCUCGAGCAUCAAAGCAAGGUAGGCAAAAAGACACGCGCAAGUGAGAGGCGUCUCAAACUUGCUCAGGCGCAGGCUCGGCGUCGACGAAAAGAACAAAGUGACAAGGCGCUUGAUGAGGCGGACCAAGAGACAGGGAAUAUGGCAGCGAUCCAUCUGCUGCAUGAUCCCCAGUCAUUUGCCGAGGGCCUUUUCGAGAAUCUAAGCCGUGGAGACAAACGGCACUCUCUCGAAGUCAAAGUGCGUCUGAUGCAGCUGCUCAGUCGCGUCAUGAGUGUACAUCGGUUGACGGUGCUGAGCUUCUACAGCUACUUGGCAAAGUAUCUCAUGCCGCAUCAGUUGCACAUUACACUCAUUCUCGUGUCUCUCGCGCAAUCAGUACAUGAGCAGACACCAACAGAUGUGCUGACGCCUGCGAUUCGCAAAAUUGCGUACGCAUUUGUGCAUCCUGGUGUUGGUGCGGAAGUUGUUGCCGCCGGAAUCAAUGCCAUCCGAGAAAUUUGUCGCCGGCAACCAUGGUGUAUGGAGGAAGAUCUGCUCGAAGACUUGGUCGCAUACCGUCGCUCGAAAGACAAGGGUGUCAGUGCUGCUUCUCGAAGUCUGCUGCUGCUGUAUCGUGAGGUGAAUCCGGCUAUGUUGCACCGCACAGAGCGUGGCAAGUCUGGCGCGUUGUCCCUAGCCCAAGGCAAGCAGGCAGAGCGCUUCGGCGUAGACCGGCGGGAAGUGCACGGCAUUCAGGGUAUCGAACUGCUAGAGCAGCACUUGAAGGAGCGCAGCCAAGCAGCGCGUGACGACAGCAACAAUGGGAACGAGGACGACGACGAUGAUGACGAUGACGCCAAAUGGGAUGGCUGGGAACUUGAGAGUGCAUCGGAUAGUGACAGCUCGGGUGGUUGGAUUGCCGUGAGCUCCGAUGAUGAGCAAGAGCACUUCGAGCUGGAUAAGAGUGAUGUCGAUGAUGCGAGUGACAAUGAGAAGACUGUGGGAGAGAAAGAGCCCGAUCCCCGUCCCAUGAGUGAGCGUGUCCGAGAGGCAAGGAAGAUUCGCCGACAAGCUCGGAAGAAGCGGCAGGAGCAAGGCUCUGACAGUGAGGACGACGAGGCUAUGGACACGGAGAGUCACGCCCACGGCACUGACGAGGUCCAGGAAGCCGCACAGGCGCCUCCUGAGGCCGGCACGGACACAUUUUCCGAGCUGGCAACGACCAAGAUCCUGACACCUGCGGACUUUGCUAAGCUGAAUGAGCUGCGCGUUCAAGCUGCUGAAGAGGCCGUCAAAGCAGGUGGCGCGGCAGGGGCACGUGCACGACGUGAGUUGGCUGCCCUACAGCUGUCGAAAAAGCGCAAUCCCAAUACGCAUGACGUACUGGAUGAAUCAGAUAUUCUUGGUCCACGCAAAAAGGCCAAAGCUGAUUAUGAAGAGCGUAUGGCCAGUAUCAAUGCCGGCCGUGAGGGACGUGAAAAGUUCGGCAGUAACAAAGGCAAGAAGAAGAAGGAGGUCGCUAGCAGCUCGACGAAUCGACAAAAGGCGAAGGGUAAGAACUUCCAGAUGGUGUCGAAAAGCUGGGGUGUUCGAAGCAAGAAGAAUGCUUCCCUGCGUGAAAAGAGUAAGCGUCUGCGUGCACAUGUGAAUCAAGCGAAGAAACGCAUGAAGUAG